CGGGGCGGGGCGGGGCGGGGCGGGGGCGUGGCCGGGCGGUUCGCGCCAAAAUCGCGUCGCUGGCCCCGCCCCCGCGGACGACGUCGCGCCCUCCUUUUUUUUCAAACCCCGAGCCGGGCGGGGAUUGGUGGGCCGCGCCGUCACGUGGUUAACGGUCGCGGGAAGCCGCGGAGCCCCGACCUGCCGCCGGACCUGCGGACGCCCGGGCCCGGGCCACCGCGCCGCCGCGCCUCAGCCGCCCCCCGCCCCGUCCGCGCCGCCCUCGCCCGCCGCCGCCCCGCCGCCGCGAUGAGCUUCCUCAGCCGCCAGCAGCCGCCGCCGCCGCGCCGCCCCGGGCCGGCCUGCAGCCUGCGGCAGAAGCUCAUCUUCUCGCCCUGCAGCGACUGCGAGGAGGAGGAGGAGGAGGCGGAGGAGGAGGCGGAGGGCAGCGGCCACAGCACCGGCGACGACUCGGCCUUCCAGGAGGCGGACUCGCCGCCGCCCGCGCGCAGCCCCCCCGCACCCCGGCCCGGCCGCCGCCGCCCGGCCGCCCGCAGCCCCCGCAGCCCCCGCAGCCCCCGCAGCCCGCGCAGCCCGCGCAGCCCCGACGACGACCCGCUGCUGCUGCUGCCCGCCGGCCGCGCCGAGGGCGACUCGUGGGAGGAGGAGGGUUUCGGCUCGUCGUCGCCCGCCGCGUCCCCCGCCGCCUGCUUCCCGGGCGGCUGCUCGUCGCCGCUGCGCUGCGGGGCCCGCGGGCCGGCCGAGGGGUCCUGCUCGCCGCCGCCCGACCGGCCGGGGACGCCGCCGCACAAGACCUUCCGCAAGCUGCGGCUCUUCGAUACCCCGCACACGCCCAAGAGUUUGCUCUCCAAAGCUCGAGGAAUUGAUUCUAGUUCUGUUAAACUCCGAGGCGGCUCUUUAUUCAUGGAUACAGAAAGAUCAGUAAAAAGGGAAUUUGAUGUACGACAGACUCCUCAAGUGAAUAUUAAUCCUUUCACUCCAGAUUCUGUGUUACUUCAUUCCUCGGGACAUUGUCGGAGAAGAAAGAGAACAUAUUGGGAUGAUUCUUGUGGUGAGGACAUGGAAGCCAGCGAUUAUGAGUUUGAAGAUGAAACAAGACCUGCAAAAAGAAUUACAAUUACUGAAAGCAAUAUGAAGUCACGGUAUACUACAGAAUUUCAUGAACUAGAGAAAAUUGGCUCUGGAGAAUUUGGUUCUGUAUUCAAGUGUGUAAAGAGGCUAGAUGGAUGCAUUUAUGCCAUCAAGCGGUCAAAGAAACCAUUGGCUGGCUCUGUUGAUGAGCAGAAUGCUUUGAGAGAAGUCUAUGCUCAUGCAGUGCUUGGACAGCAUUCUCAUGUAGUGCGAUAUUUCUCUGCGUGGGCAGAAGAUGAUCAUAUGCUUAUACAGAAUGAAUAUUGUAAUGGUGGAAGUUUAGCUGAUGCCAUAAGUGAAAACUACAGGAGCAUGAGUUACUUUUCAGAAGUAGAGUUGAAGGAUCUCCUUUUGCAAGUUGGCCGGGGUCUGAGGUAUAUUCACUCAAUGUCUUUGGUCCACAUGGAUAUAAAGCCUAGUAACAUUUUCAUUUCUCGAACCUCAAUCCCAAAUGCUGCCUCUGAAGAAGGAGAUGAAGAUGACUGGAUGUCCAACAAAGUCAUGUUUAAAAUAGGUGAUCUUGGGCAUGUAACAAGGAUCUCCAGUCCACAGGUUGAAGAGGGUGAUAGCCGUUUUCUUGCAAAUGAAGUUUUGCAGGAGAAUUACACCCAUCUACCGAAAGCGGAUAUUUUCGCCCUUGCCCUCACAGUAGUAUGUGCUGCUGGCGCUGAGCCUCUUCCUAGGAAUGGAGACCAGUGGCAUGAAAUCAGACAGGGCAGAUUACCGCGGAUUCCUCAAGUGCUCGCUCAUGAAUUUACAGAGUUGCUAAAAGUCAUGAUUCACCCCGAUCCUGAGAGAAGACCUUCAGCAAUGGCACUGGUCAAGCAUUCAGUGUUGCUGUCCGCCUCUAGAAAGAGUGCCGAACAACUACGGAUAGAAUUGAAUGCUGAAAAGUUCAAAAAUUCACUUUUGCAGAAAGAACUUAAGAAAGCCCAGAUGGCCAAAGCUGCUGCUGAGGAAAGAGCACUCUUCACAGACAGGAUGACCACUCGGUCCACCACCCAGAGUAAUAGAACAUCUCGACUUAUUGGAAAGAAAAUGAACCGAUCUGUCAGUCUUACCAUAUACUGAACUACUCAUUCCCCACCUCCCCCUAAAAACUGUGACAAGAGGAAGCUAGGUUGAAAUCACUGCUAGAAUGCAGUUUGCAUUUUUUUUUUCUCAGUCUGUGUCAAUAGUUUUACUGAAAUACCGUUUAGGACUUUGACUUGUGAAGUCCAGUUAGAAGUUGUAACUGAGCAUUGCUGCUUCAGGCUUUCACCUGCUCUUAGCAGUUUAUUUGAAGGGUGUCAGUUGCUGUUGGAUGUUCACCAGCCUUUCCAGGGUUAACCACUAUGGUGGUGUGCUGCUUAUGGUUUGCUGUUGUGUUGUAAUAAAAGGUUCUCUUUCCUUGUAGUGGCCUAUAAAGAGGACUCAAGGGCUUUAUUACAAACAAUCGUCCCCGGAAAGGGGGAAUGCUGAAAGACUCAUUGACAUUCAUCUUCAGUGUACCUGUGUGUCAAUCUCACGUUCCUUCUUCUUUUUUAAUUGUGAAUUACACUUGUAUGUCUAACUGGGAGCACUUUGUAGGCACUGCAUGAACCAUGGAAUGUUCUGUGGAAGUAUUGCCUUGUGAAUUUGCUGCUAUUUUAGAUUUGUCUUUGCUGUAAAUUGUAGCAUUAAACAAUCAUCGUUGUUAAUAGGCUUUCUUUUGAAAACAAUUAUGUGAAUAGGUAGCUGCUCCUGUUAAAGCAGCUGUUUGCCUUCCUGCCCCCAUAAACUUGGAAGCUAGUGCAUUGGUGGAAUGCACCUUUCUUUCCCCUCUUUGAAAUGCUGUAUUACUGUAGUGUAAACAUUACUGGUGUUGUAAUUUUGCCUGAUGAUGCUCUUCCUUGGCUCUUUUUAAAAUGUUCUUCACUCUUCCCGAGUUUUGUACUGGAUUGUAUUAUUAGUUUGUUUUUAAGUGUUUUGCCCAGUUUCUCUUCAAUAUUUGUGUAUAUAAACUAAUCUCGGUGACACUGUACAUAGCUGAAAUGCCAGAAUGACUUCUGACUAUCCCAAGUUUUUCAAAAAUAUAUUUUAUUUGUGAUUAGCCAUUUGACUAAAAGUGGCUAGCAGAUGUUGGGGGGUAAGCCCAGAAAUUUUCUAUUGUUUGUUUUCCUAUUUUGGUUUCCAGUGCUUGCACUUGUCUGUUUGACUUGUGUCUUACUAACAUUGAUUUGGCGUAUUAAAAGUCACUCUGAGCUUA